AAAUAAUACCUACACUUCAUUGGAUGUCUGAAUCUGAAUGAUAGAAUUGUAAUGUUUUGGAGAUUUGAUUUCGUUGUAGACACUUUCAGUUAAUGAAAUAAAAAUGACAUAAAUUGAUAAUCAAUAUAUACCACAUACCUAAUUCUGAGAUGAUUAUGCAAAAAUAAACUGAUAUAAGGUUUCAUAGUACAUACAUAAAAUUUAUUGUAUUCAAUUCAACAUAUUUUGCCUAGAAUUUGCGGGUAAGAAAAAGAAACCGUCUGUAAAUCAAGCCAAACGAAAUUUCAUGUAAGAAAUUGAUUGCAGAAAAUGCAUAUCCUCUGUACUAUAUGCAGCGACCUAAUAAAUCAAUCUGAAAGUAUAUAUGUGACAAAAUGCGGUCACAUAUUUCAUCAUCACUGCCUUAUACAGUGGAUUGAAAGGUCAAAAUCCUGCCCGCAAUGCCGCAACAAAGUCACAGAGAAAUGCAUGUUCCGAAUGUAUCCUACAAUAUCAAAUGAUGUGACAAGCGGCGAAGACUCAGCUACUUUACAGUCUAGAUUGGAUGACACACAAUUACAGCUCAGGCAACAAAAAUCUGUGUGCAGAGAUAAAGAGGACAAAAUAUCUGAUUUAAUAGGGGAGCUAAAAAAGAAUGAAGCUCUAUUAAAAUCAUAUGAAAAGAAGUUGGUAAGCAGAGAUUCUGCAAUGACUGCUAUGAGAGAACAAAUGGAGUACCUCAAAAUUCAAAACAAAGAGACAGUCAAGUUAAAAGAGGAAAAUGAAACAAUGAAGCAGAAUUUACAAUUGUUAAAUGGUUUAAAUAACAUAUUAAAUGCAACAUGUGAAGACGUAGAGAAGAUGCUCCAAGGAUACACAGAUGUUAAAACCGUUGCUAUAUUUGCUACAGCGCUUAAAAGAGGUCUCUGCGAGUCGGAAGCCAAGAAGCGCGAGUCGCGCGACAAGCUCCACGCAGCCAAGCAGCAGAUCGCAGCCGAGAAGCUCAACGUAAGGGACUUGCAGGCCAAGUUGCUCCAUGCAGAAGAUAAACUGACGGACAUGGAAAGGAAAUAUCAAGCACUGGCCAAAAGGAAAGCCGGAGAUAUGACCGAGAAAUGUAUUGAUGACAAGCCGGCUCACGCGGAGGCGCACUCUCUCAAGCACAUGCGGCCGAGCUUGGAGAACGUUGAAUCUUUAAAUACCACUAAUAAUACCAGCAUUAGGACGUUAGUGGACCGUAUAGAAAAUGCAGAUUCGCCGUAUCUAAGUCUGAAACAAAGCAAUCUGGCUCUAACUGCGUUGCAGAGGGCGCCGAAACAUGCCCUAUCCCUAGACAGGAUCAAGCCAUCGGAGUUAGCUAUAAUAAACUCAGCCAGAAGCACUGUCUCGAAGAAGCCAUUAGACAAUAAAUCAUUAAGCAUAUUUGCCAAAAAAGAGCCAGUAACGUUAGAUCCAGAUGUCGAGAUGGAGUCCUCACAGAACAAUAUCUGCUAUGAUGGACUCGGAGGGCAUUCUAAAUUGGAAAUAUUUCCAGUUCCCAGUAAUAGACCUCUGAAGAGCUGUGUGCCCAAAGUCACUCCCAGGCACCGAUUAAAAAGACCAGCAUCUUCGGGAAGUCAGGAUAUCGGCAAGAUGAUUGAGAAGUUAAUGGACAAGUGAAUACGUGUACUAUAGUCAGUAGGUUGCAUUAUAUCUUUGGUGUUGAUGUCAUUGUGCUAUUUGAUGAUUAGUGUUAGAAGUUUUAUUGCGCAUUCACUCAAAAAGACAAAAAUAGUCCAACCUAAAUAGCUCAAUGUUCAAGUUGGAUUAAUAAAUUCUAUUAAUAAGUUGGUUUUAAGUUUAGAAGCGUUUACGCUGAGGCGUGGGAGGACAGGCGCACAAUCAGACCGCAUGCUAUUGGUGAUGUAAGUCAACAAUAUCACAGAGGUAUUUUUCUCUUCGUUUUUUUUUUUUAUUAUGUUUAAAAACCACACCCUGUACACUGGGUGUGAGGGGCAUUCUCGAAGGAAAGGAUAAUAAAGUGAACAGUAAUGUGAGCGUAGAACAAUCCCAGUACUUAAUGAUGUGGAGUCCGGGGUCGGGGGACUAGGGGAGCGCCGGCCGCCGCCCCGCGGAGUCUCCACUCGCGUGCUCGGAUGGCGAUAGACCCAUUCACUCAUGUAAGCCGACUUUAUGUAAUCUAACUUUAUGUAAUCUAACUUUAUGUAAACUACACAAUUUUUGCUGUUUAAAAAUUGUCUAGGGUUGUUUACGUGUUGUGUUUUAGUAUAGAUUUUAAUGUUUAUAAAUAUAUAGAAUUAAUAAUGUAUGUAUUUGUUAAUUUUUGGAAGUCUUUCAUCGCAUGACCGUAUAAUAAAUGUAGGAAUUUCAAAGCGUUCAUACAUUAUUGAUUAUUCGUUCAUCGUCAUGUUUUUAAUUAUUUAAGAUGAUUCCGUUGAUGUUGGAUAAUUUUACUUUAGUAUUGAAGAGCUCAUAGCCACUGUCCCGAAGCAGUCCAAGUUGCAUGCCACUAAUACAGUACACUUGAGACUCGGACCUCAUGUCUCAAUGCGAUGGCGGUGCACACGUUACGAUGGACUUGCCACUAGGAGCUCGUUUGUAAUUACUUAAUAAAUAAUAAUAAUUAAGAAUACUUACUAAAUCAAGACAAUUCCAGAGCUUUAAGUCGUAAUUUUUUAAGUGAUUAUGUUUUUAGAAUGUUGUUUUUUAUAUACUAAUAAAAUUAUUCUAUAACUAUUAAUGAUUAGUAAAAAAAUUUAAAUAUAAUCAGAACAGUUUAAUACAGGUUGAAAAAAAAAACAAAAAAAAAAACUGUUGUUAUUCUCAAAUGUUUUAAAUGCGCACUUAUCUGUACAUAAGUUCAGAGAGCUAGAAUAUGAAAUUUACGGAUCUUACAAUAUUCGUUCAAUGCAAAAAGAUUGGUUCUGUAAGAGUACGGGCACCGAACGAUAGAUGGCGCGCGGGUAGCGGUGUGUAUGUAGCGACAGUACCUACCUUCUUGUUACUCGACAAUAGAAAAGAUAAAAUCUCUGUAAAUAGGUUGUUAAGUGUUCAAAGUUCCUACGAUAUCUUACAGUGCUUACAUUUCCAUAAUAUUUUUCUAAAUCGGAACCAUAACGUCGAAAAUCAGCUUAAUGACUAAGUUCAUAAGGACUAAGUUUCGUUCGAAUUUAGCUCGUACAACCGACCUUGUGGCUCUGAUUAUUGUAUUGAUUGACAUUUCCUUCAACUCUUCUCAUUGCAAAAAUCAGACUGUUAAUUUACAAUGUAUAACCAACUGUGAUAGAGGUAUUUUACUUUACAGGAGAAAUGCAUAAUUUUGACAGACGUUGAAAAGUACAUACUUAUGCCAAUGGACAUUGACCUCUAGUCUUGCUUUGAAAAAUCAUUUAUAGGAAUGAGCUAGCUGAUUAAAUAAUGCCAAUAUUCAAGAAAGCCCUUCUUUAAUUACCAAUAUUUUUAUCUUUAUAAUAUUAUCUUUUUACAAUAAUUAAUUGGCUAAGUAAGAUACGAGCCAUUUAAAUGAUGAUGUUAAAAUAAAAUUAGAUAAAAAUUUACUUAGAGCGGAACGAAAUAAGUUUAUUUAUCUGAAAUUGAAUAUGGCAUGAACUAGAAUGAAAUAUUUCCAUAGUAAAUUGGUGGGAAUUUAGUGAGAUUUCAAGACUGGAAAAACCUUAGAAGCUACCAUCAACACACUUAAAAUCGUUUGCCAAAUUUGUUGAAAUCAUUUAAAAUCAGUAGCAUUUCCAUAACUAAAAUUCUGGAAAAUUAAAAAAACAAUAUGUAUUGAUUAUCUUGUACUUGAUAUAUUAUGUGUAAUAUAAUAUAGGAGACUGAUUUUUCUUAGGUUCUUGAUCUUAUAUUUUGAUUUAUGCUUAUUAUUAAUUUUGAAAUGUAAAUUGAAUAGGUUGCUAGAAAUUGGUCUUCUAAAGAUUAUGCAAAUGCUUGAAGCAGAAAUUCUCAUAAUAGUUUGCUUGUCGGUGAUAUGUUUAACAAUAAUGUUUUAUCCAUACCUAUGUAUGUAUUUAAUAGUAUUAAAUUGAAGUUUAAAUUUCUGUUUCUGAAAAUACAAAAUAAUCGUAUAUAUAAAAUAUUUAAGUAUAGAGUAUUUAUAGUUAAAUGUAUUAAUGCUUUAAAUGUUGUACAAUAAAAAUGUAUUGAUUGAAA